GUCGCCUGAGAGUUACGUGUGUUACUGGAUGUGUGUCAGUUAAUGUGAGUUGAUUACUACAUUGUUUUGUGAGUCUAUUUUCGUAAUAGACGAGAUAGUUAAUAAGAAUGGGCGUCUUCAUUGAAAGUGGAUCGGUUGAAGUACUUUAUGCGUCUCUUUUGAUAUUUUGGGUAUUAUAUUUGUAUUUUGUCAAAAACUAUGGCUAUUGGGAGGAAAGGCGUAUUCCUCAUAUUCCAGCAGUUUUCCCGUUUGGAUCCAUCAAGGAACUCAUCCCGAGAAGCAGUUGUUCAGCUGUAAAACUUGACGAAAUCUAUAAAGAAUUCAAAGACGAACGUUAUGUGGGAUUUGUUUGCAUAAGAACGCCAGCGAUCAUUAUCAAAGAUCCUGAGCUCGUAAGACUUAUUCUGACAAAACAUUUUAAUAACUUCACCGACCAUGGAGAUGUUUCCGGGCAUCCUAAAGAGUACAUAAUGAAAAAUAUUUAUUUUUUGAGUGGUCAAAAAUGGAAAGAUACGAGAUUAAAGCUUUCCCCUGCAUAUUCCGCUGCAAAGAUGAAGAUGAUGUUCUUCUUAGUGAAACAAUGCAGUGAUGUUUUGAGGAAGGUUGUAGAAAGGUAUACUGAACAAAAUAAUGUUGUGGAUGUAAAAGAUGUUUUAACUCGUUAUAUUAUUGAUGUUAUUGCAUUAUGUGCAUUCGGUGUAGAAAGUAAUUCUCUUUCAUCUGAUAAUUCAGAAUUUUUUGCUAUGGCAAUGAAAAGUACAGAAAUUGACAAAUCCGCGAUUUUAAAAAUAUUUUUGUACUGCUCAUUUCCUGCACUAUUUGAAAAGUACUACUGCAUUAACAUUGUGGAUCAAUCAAUCACCAAAUUCUUCACUGGAGUAAUACGAUCAGCUAUCGAGUUUAGAGAAAAGCACAACAUAUCCAAAUUUGAUUUUCUGGACUUAUUGAUUAAACUUAGACAAAACCAAAGCAUCCUAGAAGAUGGCGAGAAACCUAUGGCCUCUCAAACAACUCGCAACUCAUGUAGAAGAGAAGGAAUGACAAUUGAAGAAAUUACGGCUGAAACAUUCCUUUUCGUACUAGCUGGAUCUGAAUCAACUGUAAACACUAUUGUUUUUUGCCUAUACGAAUUGGCAUGUAAUACCAGAAUACAAGACAAGCUUUAUUGCGAAGUGCAGGAAAUCCUGGACAGGCAUGAUGGUGAAAUGUCUUAUCUGGCCUUGCAGGAGAUGUCUUACAUGGACCAGGUAAUCAGCGAAUGUCUACGCCACUAUCCACCAUUUCCUUUUUUGACAAGAAGAUGUACGCAGAACUUUGUUGUGCCAAAUUCAGAUCUAGUAAUAGAAAAAGGAAUCGAGUUGGUUUUACCUAUAUACUCAUUGCAUCACGAUCCCAAGUACUUUACGGACCCUGAAACAUUCAGUCCUGAGAGGUUCAGUAAAGACAAUAUGAAGAAACAACAACAUCCUUGCGUUUAUCUGCCUUUUGGUGAAGGGCCCAGGAUGUGUUUGGGACAGAGGUAUGGUCUGAUGAACGUGAAGACAGCUCUAGCUACACUGAUAAUGGAUUAUUGCUUCAGUAUCACCUCGGAUACAGAUGUUCCCAUCAAGUUUAAGAGUAUCUCGUUCGCAUUAUCACCUGCAAAGCCUCUCAUGAUAGUAUUUAACAAGCGGAAUAGUACAACAUAAAUUGCAAAACAAAGACUGAACACUAUUAAUAAGACUUAUUCAUUACAAAACUGAUUCUGGUUGAAGAUCUUAACGAAUGGCUUAACACGUGCAAGAUAACGAAUGAUAAGAUAACACUUCAGUUACACGAGAGUGUUAGGCUUAUAUUACAUAAAAUUAUAAACUACGUUCUAAAAUAUACGAUUGCAUAGAAUAAAUUUAACUAAGUAUGAACCUUUGCCAAAAAUGUAAAUUGGUGCAGUUAAUGAAACCAUAUUUAGCAUUAACUGUGAUUUAAUAAACUUACGCAUUUUUUAUACUCAGUGCUUAGUACCAAUAAUUAAAAUUCCUCGCGGAAAAGCCAAAGUUCUGGAAAUUGCCUGCUCCGGACUGAUUGGAAUUUAAUAUGAAUAACUUUUAUUAUUGUACCAUAAUUUGAAUAUACCUGUUUGUCUUCUGUUCUAGAAGUCAAUCGAGCAGUUCAAGUGAUUAUAGAAGUCAUUUCUAAGUUUCAAAUCCUCUAAUAAGAUAAAAUGGCUUUAUGAAUAAAUUUAAAUUUCUCAGUUAUGAAGUAGACUAGUUUUGAUGCGUGAAUGGAAAAAAAGUGGUACACCUUGUAUAACUGACUGAUAGAUAGUAGUAUGAUAUUUAUUAUAGUUUAUAUUAUUUCGAUUUGUUGCAGUCUCGCAAUCGAAUAUUUUAUCGACGUCAUUGUAAACAUGCUUGCGUUGUUGUGUAAGCAUCGCUCAAAUUUUUAACAAAUGUGUAUUAUUAUCUAGUUUCAAAACACCAGUUUUAUGUAAAUUAAAAGGAUGACAGGAUUUCAGGCAAUUGUCAUAGUAGAUUUUGAUUUAUUAGACAAUUAUCCAGAUUAAUUAGACAUCGUUAAAAAUUAGUAUACACCUUUUCUAAGGUUGGAAUCUACCCUCUUCACCAGGUGUUAAAAUAUUGAUUGAAAUAUUUCCUCAGGUGAUAAUACUUAAUGCUGCUAUGUUUCUUUAUAAUUAAGUUUAAGCCCAUGUUUUUAAUUACCGUACUAUUAAACGUGUAAAAUAUUUAUAGGUUUUAGAAUGUGAUAUUGUAACAUAAUAAGUAAUUUAUUAAAUAUUGUUUUCAAACA